AUGUCUCAAGUCAGUGCGGAGUUCACCCGCAAGAGCUCCUCCAGUUCUGAGUCUGGCAACCUGCUCACGCCAGAUCUCGUCGAUCAGCAGCUCUCGUCUGACGAGGCCGAUGCGGACGAGCCUGGCGCAGUUCGCAACCUUCCAUUAGCGCCUGAGGCAGGUCCACAGACAGACAUUGGAUCUGCCGAUGGUCAGCUGCCGGUCACACUCGCGCCAGCGUUAGAAGCAGCGGACGAUGUGGACGAAAAUGAACCUGGCGCUAGCGAAGACGACGACGACAGCGGUAACGACGACCGCCCCUCUCCUCGGCGCAGGAAAGAAGUUGUUCAGGAAGUUGACAGAGCGCAGGCUGCAGCUUCUGAUCACCAGCGCACGGUCGAGUUGCAGCAGGAGACACUGGCGGACGUUCGGCGGCAACUGGAGGAGAGCCAGCGGGCGAAUCAACUGCUCCGGGCGAGCAGCUCUGCCCCAACUUCCGCGCUGCCCCCAGCGAGCCGUAGCCCCAACGCUGAGGUCAAGACGUGGGCACAUGGGCCAGGCGGGUUCGUCAGGGAAUCGAAGAUUCCCAUGCUGGCUGCUGAGAACAUGGCGCCGGUGCAGCGCCGCAACGUCCAGCAGUGGCACCUUUUCUAUUUUGAUGCCGUUUAUGGCAGCAAGUGGCACUGCGAUCCUGACACGGGGCGCCCGUUUGCCAACAAGGCGUUUGAUAUGGCGCUCUGCAAGGGACUUGGCGGUCGCAGGUGUAAGACGAUGUUUGCCAAGAUCCCAGUGGUGGCAACGAUUUGCCAUGUGGUUGAAUGGCCCAUGGCAAAUGCUGGGAGCCGUGACAUGCCUGCCCCAGAUGGCAGUGACUCCAACAACAGGAGGGAAGUGCAGCUGAAAGUGGGGGUGAUCAUUGAUUGGAUUAAGGAUAGGUUAUCCCGGGGGGAUAAUAUCUAUCGCGACACUGCCCCUGCAGGCUUUCAGAUGGGAGCAAACCCGUUAGUGCGUAUUGUGAUCGCAGGGUUUGAGGACGAGUUUGCUGGGUUGCUGCCAUAA